AUGUCCUCAGAAGACAAUCAGCAGUUUGAAAUGGACCGAGACAGCCCGGAGCUUCAAAUUCGCCAGGAUACUGCCGUCAUUGAAAUCGUCGCCUUUUCCGUCGAAGCAGUAAGACGCGUCCUCAGUCAAAUAAAACCUGAUAAGUCUCCCGGACCCAACGGAAUUCCCGGGCUAAUACUUAAGCAGCUAGCAACGGAGCUGUCGAAGGCUCUUUCGACUCUCUUUGAGUUGUCAAUGAGAACAGGAUGGUUGCCAUCACAGUGGAAGACAGCCAACCUCGUUCCCCUACAUAGGGCAGGUAGCAGGAUGACAUUAAGCACAUUCAGGUUUAUUAGCUUAACUGGCCUUCCUUGCAAAACGAUGGAAGCUCUAGUAAAGAGCGUUAUGCAGCAGUUUUGUGAAGAAAAUAACAUCUUGCAGGAUUUUCAACAUGGCUUCCGGAGAGAAAGUUUCUGCUUCUCAAAUCUGCUAGCUUGUCUGGAGAUCUGGACCAAGGCUCUAGAAAAGGGUUUUGAGGUCGAUGUCGUGUACAUCGAUUUCCGCAAAGCUUUCGAUACCAUUCCGCACCGACGUCUUCUUCACAAAUUGAGCGCCAUCGGCAUCCGGGGAGAUCUUCUGAACCGGAUUAGGGCAUUUCUGUUCGGUCGGAAACAACGCGUCUGUAUCGGAGAUGAUAUGUCUGAAUGGGUGAACAUGACCAGUGGUGUGCCUCAAGGCUCAGUUCUGGGACCAUUGCUCUUUACGCUUUAUGUUAAUGACAGCCUUCAGGAACUCGACUGUGGCAAAAUAAUGUUUGCGAACGACGUUAAGCUCUAG